CUUAUCUGAUGUACGACGAAGACGGGAGCACGGCGGACCAGAAGAUCGAGGAGGACGGGAGAGGCGUGAUCGAGGCGGGAGGGAUCGGCGGCGAGCGAGUGAUCGCCACGUCCGGUGGCAUAGGCGUCGGCGUCGGGAUAGGGAUCGGUGGAUCCGGUGCCGCUCCCGGGGGGGGCACGGGGUUGGCGAGUUACUGGCAACACGCGACCACCGCCACCGGUUACUGGCCCUCGUUGCUCGACUGUUGGACCACCCCGUCCAUCGCCUCCGGCUCGCAAACCCUCUCCCUGCCCCGGGACGAGAACUGAGAACAGCGGACGUUACCGCGAUGCCAGCGUUGUCCUCGCAAGUAAUUCUCUUUCACCUGGAUAUUUUCUCUUCGAGGCCCUCGGGGCUCGAGCUCGUUAAGUAUUAUUCCCUUUUCUCUUCUUUGUCACGUGUAUACGUAUCGAUGUGUAUUAGAGAUACAUGUAUAUAUAUAUAUACAUAUAUGUAUUUGUUCAGUCCUCUUCCGUCUCGUUUAACGUUUCCAUUUCGUUUUUUAAUCUCGUGAGAUGAUUUUGCGAGGAUUCACGGCAUUCGUAACGUGGCUUUCAAUUACGCGCGCACGUUGUUCUUCGCUGAUUCUUCACAGAUCGAAUGGUUAUUUAAUGCCAGGAUUUAAUUGUAUUCUUCCCAGUGCAAAACAGGUGAACGGGAUAAAAGAUGUACAUACGAUUGUAAAUGCACGAACGAUCGAAUCGAAUAUAUGGGUAUAUAUAUAUAUAUAUAUAUUAUAUAUAUAAAAUAUUUAAUGUUUCGAGGUGCAUGCUUCAUCCGUAAAAUGAACGGAAUCGCAGAGAACGAUCUCGUAGAAAUGGAUUCUUACGUUUCCUAAGAAAUUGGUUGAUAAUUAAGGAAUUUUUUUAUCUUUCUCUCUUUUCCUUCCUCGCAUUUUUCUUGAAAAUGCGGCAAAUUGUUUGACAAAUACUCGAGCCGAAGUGCAAUAUUUUCGAUUUUGAUUAUCGUUUUUCUCGAUAGAAGAAAAAGUCAGUAUAAAAAGUAAUGAUUUAUCGGAGCAACGAGCUUUGUACUGUCGUUAAAAAGUUUAUCUUUACCCGCAAUUAAUUUCUCGUUGAGUCACGGAAUAUGUAUCGUGCGUUUCGAAACAAAAUUCAAACGGGCAACGUCGAAUUUCGUUGCGUACAGUCUUUCAGAGACUCGAAGAAACGAAAAAAGCAAAAAAAACAAAAAAAACAAAAAAAAUAAAGGAUAAAUUCAAUCGCAAAUUAGAGAGAUAACGAGAAGGAAAAGAUAAUGGAAUGACUAACAAAAAGGAAAAAAAAAAAGAUCCAGCGCGGAUCGAGAUGUACUCACUAUCCUGUAGAUAUAUGUAUAGUAGACGCUGAUUUUACGCGAUUCGUAAAUAUCUUUUAGAAUUGUUAUAUUGUAAUGAUGAUAAUAAUAACAUUACCCAACAGAAUACCAAAAAAAAAAAAUAAGUAAAUAAAUAAAUAAAUGAAUAAAUGAAUAAUAAUAAUAACGAAAGAAAAAUAUAAACCAUACAGGCUGUAUGUAAAUGAAAAUGGCCACCGUUACUGCGUUACUUCGCGUACGAUGGCACUUUGUACAGUGUACGAGGAAAGAAAUCACUUUAUCGACUAUGCGUACGUUAUAAAUAUUAUUAAUAAUUAUAUUGAAUAAUUAUAAAGAAACAAAAAAAAAAAAACUGUAUUCGAUAUCCUUGCAGGGCACGUGUAAUUGAACUUUUGGAGUCCAUCGAUUCAUCAUCCUCUUCGCAUUUCGUUUAUACUUCAUUAAGUUCGAUCACGUCUUCAAUCGCGCAUGACGAAACGAUUGCGUGUCGUUAUUUUUUCAUCGACUACUGCAUAAUAUAAAAUUGUUAAAUUAUACGAAAUUGUUCGACAAAAUGGAAUUUGGACAGGGUGUCGUGUUUUUUAAAACAAAACAAAAAAAAACGAGAAAAAAAAAACAAAAAAAAAAAAUGUAAAUCAUACGUUGUAGAAUUGAAAAUGGCAUAUCACCAGUUUAAUAAUAGAUGUAAAAUUUAACGGAAGGGGGAGGGGGGAGGGGGAGGGAAGAAGGGGAGGAAGGGGAGACGAAGUGAAUCGAUCAACUUCGAAAGUCAUGAUGCAGGCAUAAACGCUAUAGAACAAAUAGUGACGUAAGCUAGAUUUAAGAAACGACCGUUAUUUUGUAUGAAUCCCAAUGUCGUACAAAUGUUCGUCGUAAUCACAUAUCCCAGUUCCCGCGGUGAGUGAUUUGCAAAUGCCCGCGGAAGAAUGUUUCUCAUUCCGUUCUUCAGCUCCGUUUCACUCACUACGUGUAAACGUUCCUACUGGGCGAUAUUGAACGCCGAAAGGCCCCGUUUGUAAUCUAGUCACAAUAAAAAUCAAUUCUACUCUAAGUCGUACCACUUGCUUCACCAUCACCUGUCUCGCCUUCUCUACGUUCUCUACGCUUUUACACGAGAAAUUUGAUCUAAUUGACAAUUGGGAAAAUAGUUGGAAUAAUUUUUAAUAUAUUUUCAAAAUAAUUUCUUCUUUUUUUUCCCCCCCUCCCUUUUUGAACAAAUGAAAUCGAAACGUGAAAUGAGAUUGGCUCGAAUUGUUGAAAUUCGUGAAUAAUAAAUAAUUGGUGGAAUUUCGUAGAGUCGGGUAAUUUUAGAAGAGACUGGAAUAUAUUCCACGCAACUUCUGUUUUUAUUGGUUAUCUCUAGCUACAUUUGCUUAACAGAGGAAGCGUAAAAAAGUUGUAUCAGAAGAACAGGCUUUAUCAUGAUUUAUAUUUGUCAAAUGUACUUCUUUGAAAUUGCGUACGUUGCGACCACAAAAUCUAUUUUCUCGCCGUCUGUCUAAUAAUUAAUCACGUUAUUUCAAAUUUUACGGAUUAAAUUAAGAAUACACAAAUUGCACAAA